AGGCUCGUUUCUGGCGCCGGAGACAUCAAGCUUACCAAAGACGGCAACGUGCUGCUGCAUGAAAUGCAAAUUCAACAUCCAACAGCCUCCUUAAUAGCAAAAGUAGCAACAGCCCAGGAUGACAUAACUGGUGAUGGUACUACUUCCAAUGUCCUCAUCAUUGGAGAGCUGCUGAAACAGGCGGAUCUCUACAUUUCAGAAGGUCUUCAUCCCAGAAUAAUCACUGAAGGAUUUGAAGCUGCAAAAGAAAAAGCCCUUCAAUUUUUGGAACAAGUCAAAGCAAGCAGAGAGAUGGACAGAGAAACACUUAUAGAUGUGGCCAGAACAUCUCUUCGUACUAAAGUUCAUGCUGAACUUGCAGAUGUCUUAACAGAGGCUGUAGUGGACUCCAUUUUGGCCAUUAAAAAGCAAGACGAAGCUAUUGACCUUUUCAUGAUUGAGAUCAUGGAAAUGAAACAUAAAUCUGAAACUGAUACAAGCUUAAUCAGAGGGCUUGUUUUAGACCAUGGGGCACGGCAUCCUGACAUGAAGAAAAGAGUAGAAGAUGCUUACAUCCUCACGUGUAAUGUGUCAUUAGAAUAUGAAAAAACAGAAGUGAAUUCUAGCUUUUUCUACAAGAGUGCAGAAGAGAGAGAAAAACUAGUAAAAGCUGAAAGAAAAUUCAUUGAAGAUAGAGUUAAAAAAAUAAUAGAACUGAAAAAGAAAGUCUGUGGUGAUUCAGAUAAAGGAUUUGUUGUUAUUAAUCAAAAGGGAAUUGACCCUCUUUCCUUAGAUGCUCUCGCAAAGGAAGGCAUAGUAGCUCUGCGCAGAGCUAAAAGGAGAAAUAUGGAGAGGCUGACUCUUGCUUGUGGUGGGGUAGCUCUAAAUUCUUUUGAUGACCUAAAUCCUGAUUGUUUGGGACACGCAGGACUUGUCUAUGAGUAUACAUUGGGAGAAGAGAAGUUCACCUUUAUUGAGAAAUGUAACAAUCCUCGCUCUGUCACAUUAUUGAUCAAAGGACCAAAUAAACACACACUCACUCAAAUCAAAGACGCAAUAAGAGAUGGCUUGAGGGCUGUCAAAAAUGCUAUUGAUGAUGGCUGUGUGGUUCCAGGUGCUGGUGCAGUGGAAGUGGCAAUGGCAGAAGCCCUGAUUAAACAUAAGCCCAAUGUGAAGGGGAGGGCCCAACUGGGAGUCCAAGCGUUUGCUGAUGCAUUGCUCAUUAUUCCCAAGGUUCUUGCCCAGAACUCUGGUUUUGACCUUCAGGAAACAUUAGUUAAAAUUCAAGCAGAACAUUCAGAAUCAGGUCAACUUGUGGGUGUGGACUUGAACACAGGUGAGCCAAUAGUAGCAGCAGAAGUAGGAAUAUGGGAUAACUACUGUGUAAAGAAACAGCUUCUUCACUCCUGCACUGUGAUUGCCACCAACAUUCUCCUGGUUGAUGAGAUCAUGCGAGCCGGAAUGUCUUCUCUAAAAGGUUGAUUUGAAGCUUGUCUUGUACCAUAUGAAUCUUGAAGACUCUACAGAGUGAUCCUGAGGAAUACAACUGUGGAAUUUUUGUCCAAGCUUCAAAUGAUUUUCAAAGGAAUUUUCUUUUCCCUUAAGAAAACAGGAGAGAACACUGGCACCUAUUCAAAAUCUGAAGUUCUGAAAAUAUAAUUACAGUAUUUUUUAAACUGCACUGAGCAUAUACACAAAAAGGAGGUCCUUUUAUUCCAAUGAACAGGAUGUUUUGCUUUUGUGCAGUGACAUAAAAUUAUGUUAGAUAAGCAUAUGUUAUCUAUCUUGUUAUUAAAAAUAUUCCUUGAAAAACA